AUGUCUUCAGAAGAACGUUGGAAGCUGGCACGUGCCAAGAAGCGCGCAGACUUCCGGAGGCAUGAAAUGGACACAGGCUCAACAGAGGUGCAAGUGGCGCUUCUGUCGGAUCGCAUCUCCCAGCUGCAGGGCCACCUGACAACUCACAGGAAGGACUACGCUUCGCUGAGGGGACUGCGAAAGAUCAUCAGCACCAGGAGGAAGCUGCUGACCUACCUGCGCAAUAACAACUUCGAUGCUUACAGCACGCUGAUCGGCCGCCUGGGGCUGAAGGAUGAGUACAUCAAACAGGAUCGCUUCUCCAAGUACCGAGAGGCUGCCAGACCACAGAUGAAAUGA